AUGGGCAGGGAGGGACUUGCAGUUGAGUCGUGAGUCCAGGCAGAUGUUGAUCGUAAUUCACGGCGCUUGAGCGUGACGACCACAUCAUCCCCACCUUGUUUCUGGUGCCUAGCCCUUUUUACAAGCUUCCUAAAAGCAGCAGUACCAUCAUGUCCGCUCGUCUUUUCAGCUCUCGAAGCUUCCAAACCGUCGCUCCUCGGGGCGCACGUUUCGCAUCCAACCUUCCCAUCCCUCCAAAGGUGGCCACUCCCAACAUGGUCUCCUCCGGCGGCAGUUCCAAACGUAUGGAUACCGUGGUAGACUUUUACAAGAGCUUGCCCAAGGGUGAAUCUACGCACAAGACUGGAGGUGUCAAGGGAGCCUUUUUUGCGGGAAAGAAUGCUAGUGGGAAACCGAUCGUCGCUUGGAUCGGUGCAAUGAUUUUGCUCGGUUACACUAUCUCGGUCAGUCUUGCACGCCCUCCUCCACUGAUCGAACAGCGCUUAUGCGCAUUGGAAGUAAAUGCCGACUCACUCGGCUGCAAUUCUUUUAAUUCUUCCUUCGACCGUAGUACCAAACCCACCUCAAGCACCACAAGAACUCUGACCACUAAACGGUGGAUGCAGAGGCGUGUGAGGUGAGCAAAAGACCGUUUGUUGGAAUUGCAGGUGGCAGGCAGGUGAAUGGUGCGAAGGAGGGGCAAGCCCACAGAGUGUUCAUCUCAAAGGACAAGAGGAUUUGCAAAGUGGCAGGUAGCUAUUGUCGAUGUGAUAGCGUCCCAUUGGCCUUCGCGUGCAGUAAAAAAAGUAGCAGGGCGAGCAUUGUAGGAUGGAAGACUGUGCCUCUGGAGUCUUGACACGUCGACCGCCCCACGCAAAAUCGAUUUCAGUCGAUUAGGCUGGAGGAUGGUCUAACAGCAAGCUGACACUUCGCAUCAUCUUUCACUACGCCUGACGUGGCAGAACACGUGCAGCAUUUGCUUCAACAGGCGUAAAAGCGGGUCAUGACGAAUAUAAGGGCACAUCUGAAGGGUCCUUCUCCGUCUUUUCGAUCCUCAAAACGUCAAGACGGUUGAGCGCUACAACGCAUAGCUGUCGACGUGUCUCACCAAUCCGAUAA